ACUCUGAGCCGGCUGGAGGAACAGGAGAAGGAAGUGGUCAACGCUCUGCGCUACUUUAAGACUAUAGUGGACAAAAUGGCGGUAGACAAGAUGGUGCUGGUCAUGCUCCCCGGAUCGGCAAGCAAAGUCCUGGAAGCCAUCUUGCCCCUGGUCCAGGCGGACACACACUCUCAGCAGAGCACCGCCAUCUCCUCCUGCUACAGCCGCGUCUACCAGUCUCUCGCCAACCUCAUCCGCUGGUCCGACCAAGUGAUGCUGGAAGGCGUGAACUGCGAGGACAAGGAAAUGGUCGCUACCGUGAAGGACGUCAUAAAGGCCGUGCUGGACGGCGUCAAGGAGUUGGUACGAUUGAUGAUCGAGAAGCAGGAGCGCCCGUCUCCCACCAGCCCUGUGAAGCCCACCAUACCGGCCUGCAAGUCAGACAGCACCCAGGAUUUACCUCUGGAGAGAGAACUGGAGAUUCUCACCAAGACCCCUGAGCCGCCUAAGGACGUCCCUGUAGACUGUGUAGAGACUGAUGAGCUCGCUCCACCCAAACCCCCGUUACCUGGUAUACGAGUGAUGGAAAAUAGUCCGCCUCCUGCUUUACCUCCAAAGAAAAGACAAUCUGCACCUUCACCCACUCGAGUGGCCGUCGUAGCACCGAUGAGCCGUGCCACCAGUGGUUCUAGUAUACCCCUUGGCACCAGUACCCAGGAUUUUGAAGUGAAUUGUUUUGCACAUCGCCGAUUAUCCGGGGGCAGCCAGUCCUAUGGAGGGGAGUCUCCGCGCCUUUCGCCAUGUAGUAGUAUAGGAAAACUUAGUAAAUCUGACGAGCAGCUCUCCUCCCUUGAUAGGGACAGUGGGCAGUGCUCCCGAAAUACCAGCUGUGAGACACUAGAUAACUAUGACCCGGACUACGAGUUCCUCCAGCAGGACCUCUCCAGUGCUGACCAAGUUCUGGGCCAAGGCACCGGGGUCCUCAGUCCUCUCCCCGAAUCCCUCGGAGAGUCCGGUUCCCCAUUUCAUGGACAGAGUUUUCAGCUGCCUCCUAACACCUCUCAGAACUCCGAGGCGCCUCACCCCUCUGCCGUAGAAUUGCCCCCGGCCCUCCCGGAGAAGAAACGCAUUCGACCCUUUUCUAAUACCCCCGAGGGAUCCCGCGUCUGCUACGAGCGCCACCCCUCCCAGUACGACAACAUCUCGGAGGACGACCUGCUGCUGCCCCCCUCCUCCACUACUCCCUUUGCUGCCGUUUCGCCCUUUCAGGCCGGGAACACGUCGCAGGUGGAGUUCCUGGCCGACUUUGGCGCGGUGGAGAGCGAUGACGUUCCCGAGAUGCCGCCUCCUCUACCGGAGAAGAAGAACAAACACAUGAUGACGUACAUGCGUUUCGUGGAGGAUUAUUCCGAGCCGCAGCCGUCCGUGUUCUACCAGACGCCGCAGAACGAGCACAUCUACCAGCAGAAGAACAAGCACCUGCGCGAGGUCUACGGCUUCAACGACUCCUUCAGCGGCCCGGAAGCCGGUGGUGUGGAGCGAGCCCCGCCCCCUGCCCUACCCCCGAAACAGAGGCAGCUGCAGGCCUCCUCCUUUGCUGCUUCUUCCUUCUCCUCUGUCUCGUACUGUACACAGCCAACCAAAGGGGUCUUCGCACCCGAGGACGGGGGCCACCCUCAGGGCAUCAGUCUGUCCGUCUCUAACUGCUUUCUGAGCCGCCAUGGCUCCUUCCCUGUGCCUUCGUAUAAAUCUGUGUUCCGCUCCUACUCCCAGGAUUUUGCCCCCCACAGUCAGGCGCCUGCCCUCCCCCUGCUGAAUCCCGCCAUCUUUUACUCUUCCCGCUUCACCCAGGUCCUCCCGGACUCCAUGCCCGCUCCUCCAGCCCCUCUCUGCCCUCCCUUACCCUCCUCUCAGGGUGGCAGCUCCUGCGGGACCCCUCCUGCCUGCCUUCCUUUUGAGCCUCCUUUCUCCAGCUCUCUGCAGACAUCAGCGGAAUCGCCUUUGCUUGGAGUCGGACACCAAAGAGCCUCAUCACAGCCCUGUGCACCCGGCGACGAGGAGACCCCCGAAAGGCCACAGAAUUGUACAGAAGGUCUGAACCCGGAGGAGCAGGAGGCCGAGGAGAGUGAGGAGGGGGAUGAGCUCUCCCUGGUGGAUCACAAUGAGAUCAUGGCGCGACUCACGCUGAAACAAGAGGGAGAUGAUGGCCCUGAUGUCAGGGGAGGGUCUGGGGACAUCCUGCUCGUCCACGCUACAGAGACAGAUCGCAAAGACUUGGUCCUGUACUGCGAGGCUUUCCUCACCACCUACCGCACGUUCAUUUCACCAGAGGAGCUGAUCCAGAAGCUCCAGUACAGAUAUGAGAGAUUCUGCCACUUCCAAGACACGUUCAAGCAGCGAGUCAGCAAGAACACCUUCUUCGUGCUGGUGCGAGUGGUGGACGAGCUGUGCUUGGUGGAGCUGACAGAUGAAAUCCUGAAGCUGCUGAUGGAGCUGGUGUUCCGGCUGGUGUGCAAAGGCGAGCUGAGCCUGGCCCGCGUGCUGCGCAAGAACAUCCUGGAGAAGGUGGACAACAAGAGGAUGCAAAACCAUUGCAACUCUGCCAUGAGGCCCCUCGCUGCCCGGGGGGUGGCUGCAAGACCGGGGACGCUGCACGAUUUCCACAGUCAUGAGAUAGCGGAGCAGCUGACUCUUCUAGAUGCCGAACUCUUCUACAAGAUUGAGAUUCCUGAAGUUUUGCUUUGGGCAAAAGAACAAAACGAGGAGAAGAGUCCGAAUCUGACCCAGUUCACCGAGCAUUUCAACAACAUGUCCUAUUGGGUGCGCUCCAUCAUCAUGCUGCAGGAGAAGGCGCAGGACCGCGAAAGAUUGCUACUAAAAUUCAUCAAAAUUAUGAAACAUCUGAGGAAGCUCAACAACUUCAACUCAUACCUCGCCAUACUGUCCGCACUGGACUCUGCGCCCAUCCGGCGGCUGGAGUGGCAGAAGCAGACGUCCGAGGGCCUCGCUGAAUACUGCACCCUGAUUGACAGCUCCUCCUCCUUCCGAGCGUACCGAGCCGCACUCUCUGAAGUAGAGCCGCCAUGUAUACCGUACCUCGGUCUGAUCUUACAGGAUCUCACCUUCGUUCACCUGGGGAAUCCUGACCACAUCGAUGGGAAAGUGAACUUCUCCAAGAGGUGGCAGCAGUUCAACAUCCUGGACAGUAUGAGGCGCUUCCAGCAGGUUCACUAUGAGAUCCGCCGCAACGACGACAUCAUCUCUUUCUUCAACGACUUCAGCGACCACCUGGCGGAGGAAGCCUUAUGGGAGCUCUCCCUGAAAAUCAAACCGCGCAACAUCACGAGACGAAAGACAGAGCGAGACGAGAAAACCUAAAGUAAGGAGGUGCGGAGGGGGCGACGCCGCCCCCUGGUGGACACUGAGGAUAGGAGAUCUCCCACUGAAGGGGGAGAUCAGAGACUGGCAGGGAGGGGGAGGGAAGGGCUCAUGCGUCAUGUUUACCGUCACUGACACCUCCCGAUGACGCGGUCGGCCCUGCCAGCUGCUGCCUCCGCCGCUGUCUCGUGUUAACCCCAAGAGGCCAAACUUUUCUCUGUGCCAUCCGUUUACACUUUCACGGACGGUUUAGACUUGUUGGAUGAAGACGCAACCCCCCAGACGUGGACCCCAAAGUUGAUAAUUUUUCUUUGGUUUAUUCCGGACUCUGUGUUUUCCCCUGCACCCCCAGCAGAGGGCAUCAGCGAGAGCCGCUCCUGUAAAUAUCAGUGUUGGGUAUGGGGAGAGGAGGAGGAGGGGGGGAGGGAGGAGGGCAUAGGCGCCGCAAUGUGAUGAUAUGUAUUAUUAUUAUUAUUAUUAUAUUUUUUUUAUGCUGUUGCAUGACAAGUAUACAGAGACUGAGCGUGUAAUAUGUACAUAGACGGGGAAACUGACGGGCGAUCUGUGUAACGUGAAAUUACCCAGGAUGCAGCGGGGGCGCCAUGUCCCAACACAGGAGGUCAAAUAAAUGUUUUAAACGUCUUAUGAUCUUCUCUGCCCGUCGUGCCGCCAACGCCCGUGGCCUGGAAAAGUUUACCCAAACUUCAAAAUUGUU